GCGAGCGUCAUUAUAUAUAUAAAGCCGUUCCUCCGAUCUUUCGCUGUCAAAUUAUCGUGUGCAUACUUAUUCAUUCUUAUAACUAAAAAGAAACGCGGAGACGAUGAGGCGCCCCUCUCACACGUCGUCCGCGACACACCCUCUGCACGUGUUGUGUGCGUGUGACACCUUCAAGGGCACGUUGCCCUCGGACAAGGUGGGAGAGGCGGUGGAGGCCGGAUACCGCCAGGUGUGGGAAAAAUUGCAUCGUCAGCGCGGUACCACGACGCAGCCGUCCAUCACCGCCAGCAACUUAAGCGUCCACCUUCUUCCUCGUGUCACGAAGCCACCGCCGCUUUCGCCGCACGCCGACCCCGACGUGGGGGAGGUGGAAUGCGCUUCCAUCGCCGCGGGGCUGCUGGCGGCGAGUCUCAUUCCUCCGUGUGUCUCGUUUUCUUGGAGAGAUCAUCUCCACCACCUCUCCCCACAGCACCAUCGGCUUCUCCAGCAGAACGGUACACGCGCAGACACGACAAGCAGCGGUGGGGUGCCAUCGCAGCCCGAGGAGCCGCCGUUGGCGAAGACGGCUCCGGUGGAGUUCACGCACACCCCCAUGAGCGACGGCGGGGCUGGGCUCCUCGACAGUGUCACCUUCGCUGCUUCUCGUGAAGCGGCGCAGCAGAAGAGGACGAACAUGAAGCUCGGAGAGACGGUUGCCCAUUCGCUCGACACAAUGCCUCGGUCUACCGUGACGAACGGGGCAGCGGCCGGCGGGGGUGCCGUGGCGGCGACACCGCACGCUCCGCCUGCCUCUCCCGAUGCGUUGCACUUUGAAAGGGUCUGCGUGCCCGCAUCGGUGAUGAUCACCGGCCCGCUGGGGCUCCCCAUCUGCCCUCCCACGAGAGCCGAAUCUUCCUUCUCGUCGUCCGUGAUGCCUCCAGUGGAGAAAGGCGUGUCGUUUGCGUGCGACGUCGCCCGUCGGGUGUUGGUGGUGGAGAUGGCGGAGGCGGCUGGGCUUCCCCGCAUUGCGCGUCGGCAGGACCGCGACCCAGCCCGCACAACCAGCUACGGCGUAGGGGAGUUGAUCCGCUAUGCGCUGCGCUACAUGGAAGGCGAAAUGAGCAGGAUGGAGGAGACAACUGCGACUGCUGCUGCUGCUGCUGGUGGAGUGAGUAAGCGAGGCAAGGGUCACAAGGGCAGAGGAGUGCGGCUCUUCUUGGGCAUUGGCGGUAGCGCCACGAACGACGGCGGACUCGGUGCACUGCAGGCCCUCGGGCUUGAGAUCUUCGUUGCGCUGACGGCCGCAUCCGCCACCUCAGCGAGUGAGGGCGUUCUUUUGGAUCGACCCUUCUGUGGUGGGGAUCUUGGGCGAAUGACGCACGUUCGCAUCAGUGAUGCAAUGCACCGCCUGUUCCCCUACCUGCAGGGCACCCCGACGUCACCCGCUGCGUCUUCCACGCACGGCACCAUCGACGCGGGGCUGUACGUUGAGGAGGUGUGUUUGAUCUGCGACGUCGACAAUCCCCUCGUGGGGCCCCACGGUGCCACCUACACUUUUGGGCCGCAGAAGUGUGCACCGCCGCGGCCGCCAGCGCCGUCGUCGCUGCCCACGACAGCAGGAAAGGACACAGAUGGCGCCGCUGCUGCGGUGGAUGACGCAGCGGUCGGGGUGAUCACCUCUGCCGCGCAGCGGGCGCUGCUCGACGGGUUGGAAGGAGGGAUGCGGCACGCUGCAGCGUGUGUGGUGCGCAGCACGUGGCGACAGCUGGCGCACCCGUCCGCAGCGGCGCUGCCCACGGAGGCUGCGGUGCGUGCGGACGUGCUACACCGCCCCGGUGGCGGUGGUGCGGGGGGCAUGAGCGGCUUCUUCCGUUACGUGCUACACGCCAGUUACGUGCCAGGCGCGGAUGUUGUCGGUGGGUUAUUGGGCCUGUACGAGACGCCGCGUGUGGCGCAUCUGCUGGGCAGCGACGACCAGGACUCCUCCGCUGCAGCAGCGACGCACCCCCGACAGAAGGCAGGCCUGCUGACAAUGGACAGUCCUGCGGUGCGGCACCCCCGCGGCUGCCUCUUCCACACGUGCGACGUCGUCGUGUCGGGUGAAGGCUCCUUCGAUGACCAGACGAUCGCGUCGCACAAGACGGUGGGCCGCCUGCUGGAGAUGUGCACGGCGGCGAACGCCUAUCGCCUGUGGAGGCACUACUGCUGCUGUGACGUGCCCUCCUCGACGCCGGAGAGUCGGAGAACAGCGGACGCCGCUUCUUCUCUCCCGCACCCGUCGCCGCGUCUUUCCGAUACCCGCUGCCGUCGGAUUGAGGAGUUUAUCGUCGUGUGCGGACGCACGAGCUUCGAGGACCGCACGGCGUGCCGCUCCACCGUGACGACGUCGGUGUGCUCUACUUUGCUGAUGCCGCAUCUGAAAGCAGCAACAGCAACCACCGCCCAUAACUCGCACACAGCGUUAGCUGAGGAGGCAGCAGUGCCGAUCAGCAGCAGCAGCAACAGCAAUUUAGACACGGUGCGCGUAAACCUGUACCUCCACGCGUUGCUGACGUCUCCUGCGUUUCGUGCGGCGUGGGAUGCCCGCCGGUCAACACGCGACACGAGGAGGCUGACCGCCGCGAACCUAUUGAAGGAGUGGUGUGUGCCGCGUGUGACGGUGCUUCCGCUGACGCCGACGCUGUUCUCCUUCGCAGACGCGACGCAGCGGUCCUACGCGUGUGUGGUGUCCGCGGUGGCGGAUUUGCUGGAGGACUCUGUGCGACGCCUCGCCACAGCGAAGACGACAACGGCGGUGACCGCUUCACUGAGGCAGAGAAGCGUGAAAGAAAAAAGUAAGCUGUAG